AUGGAGGUUUUUAUGAAUGACUUCUCGGUAGGGGGCUGUUCUUUUGAUGAUGGUUUAAUUAAUCUCACACGAUGUUUAAAAAAGUUUGAAGAGGUCGACCUUGUCCUCAAUUGGGAGAAAUGUCAUUUUAUGGUCCAAGAAUGCAUUGUUCUUGGCCAUAAGAUCUCUCAUGAGAGGAUUGAGGUUGAUAGGGCUAAGGUGGAUGUAAUAGAGAAGCUCCUACCCCCUAAAAAUUUGAAAGGGGUGAGAUCUUUCUUGGGGCAUGCCGGUUUCUAUCGCCGUUUCAUCAAGGACUUCUAUAAAAUAGUCAAACCUCUUACUACACUUCUUCAAAAGGAGAGUGAUUUUGUAUUUGAUGAUGCUUGUCUAGAUGCAUUUUGUAGGUUGAAGAAUGCAUUGAUCUCGGCACCAAUAGUGCAAGCUCCGGAUUGGAGCCUCCCCUUUGAAUUAAUGUACCAUUCGGCAAUCAAGUAUCUCAUUUCCAAAAAUCAUUCAAAGCCUAGAUUGAUAAGAUGGGUGCUUGCUUUGCAAGAUUUUUUUAUAGAGGUGAAAGACAAGAAGGGGACGAAAAAUUCGGUAGCGGAUCAUUUUUCAAGGUUGGAGAUCCGAGAUGAAGAUGUUGAUAAACUCUCGGUUAAUAAUGAGCUAAAAGAUGAUGUUUUGUAUGAUAUCCAAGCAAAGUCAUUACCUUGGUAUGCCGAUAUAGUGAAUUACUUGUCUUGUGAGGAAAUUUCGCCGGAUUUUACCCCUCAACAAUGA